AUGUUUGUGUUUCCAGCAUUUAAUACCGGGUUCAAAGCCCGUAAGAGGUCUUAUAUGUCUUGCAGUUCUUGCAGGGUUAAAAGAGUUCGCUGUCAACUGUCGAGCGAAUAUGAUAUAUACGGAUGUAACAAUUGUCUCGAGUCGGAUGACAAAACGUGCGAUUUGAUAUUCCGCCCGAAGAUUGCGGAGACUACAGGGACACCGAUGGGGACAUUGAAGGAAACGGCCCCGAGAGCUUCCCUGGUGAAAGAAGAACAAGAUGACAAUAAGAAUGACGAUGUGCUGUUAAUGCAUGUCCCCAGACGGAAAUCCACGCCGGAUCCGAAGGUGGCUGUUAAGCAGGUGACCGCGAAGGAGGAGGGGUUCAAGAUAUCCAACGCGAUAAACACGACGGUACAGGAACCUGAAGCGAGACCUAAGGCCACUAUUAAUGAUAAUAAUGCUUUGGACGGCGACAAAGCUGAUGUCAAGGCGGAAACGCCGACAUUGCAGAAAACCACACAAUCAGCAACGACUCGUCCGAUCGCAGAAGUCCACCAGGAAGGACUUCCAAAUGAGGACGAUUUUUCAGACUUUGACAACGGAGUGAAGUUCGUCUCCACAAAGGAUUCCCUGAUUAAAAUUUUGAACCUUCCAUUUACUCGAAAAAAUGGAUCCUCCGAGAUCAAGAAGUCCAACUCAGUCACGGCCUUCCAAGCCCUUUCCUCCAAGUUUGUGGGCUCAACAGAUGCAACUGCAGUUUUCAUACAGGUUGCGAAUUCGAACAAACCUCGCAGACGUGGUUCUGCGAUCAACGAACCUGUACGGGCAGCCACCGAAGGAAGUAUGCUUUCCGACGACUCCAUAUCGCCCUUUGGAAACUCCAAUUCUCCCGACUCAGAGUUGCCCGCUUCAAAAGAAGUUAUCCCCAACUUUGAGGUUGCGGCUUGGAAUCCAAGGCACAGAAAGGACAAAAAACAGCCCAAAGGAGGACCUGCUUCUGAUGAGAGACGCGCGAGUGCAAUUAUCGCCAACGAGAGUGUCAGAGACAUGCUCGGAGUCUUCAUCAGGUCUGAUGAUUCUAAUCCAAUGUUCAAAAACACACUGAACUACGGUCCUUUCCAGCUACCCCCUUCGUUGUACGAGUAUCUCGACAAAGAUUGCGAUUGUUUCAACAUCGGACUUCAAAAGAUUACCCAAUUCCAGCUCAUAAAGCUCUAUUUCGCAAAGUUCAACUGUGUUUUGCCCUUGCUUUCGGAGGAGUCUUCACUAACAACUUUCAAGAACAACCACAUGCCGACUUUGAUACUAUAUGCAUUGAUACUACUGGCUACGCGGAUCGAUGGCGCGGCUGAAAUUCUGGCCAAAGAAGGAAUCAAGGAUAUAGAAGAGUUCGACAAGGUAUUGGAAUUUAAAACAAGGACGAUGAUACGCUUUGGACUGGAUGAGAACAGACUCACGCUUCUACGUUCCCAUGCUCUGCUUCAUAUGUAUGGAGGAGGCGGCCUGGGUGGAAUCAGUCCUAACCAGGAAAGAAAUGUUGGAUUAGAACAAUCGUCAAUGGAUCUUUCUUUAGCGAUUCACCAUGCUUUCACUUUGGGAAUUCACCACAACCAUUACACUCAAGAAAAUAAGUUCAUGAAGAGGGACACAUCGAUCUCCAAAGCGUGGUGGUGUUUGUUCAUACUUGACAGAUGCAAUUGUCUCAUCAAUUCGAGAACCAUGCUGAUCAACAGAAGAGAUUCCAGCUUAGAAUUUCCUACAGAUAAGAGUCUCAACGGUUUAGUACAGGCAGCCAUGAGACUGGAGAAGGUGUUGAGUUUCUACCAACCCCACGGCGAUAACAGAUCUGUUCCCAAAGACAUUGACUUUGACGUUUUUCCUGACAUCACCAGCAUGGACUAUAUCGUGAAAGAAGGAGGAAACGUUGGUGCCGAGUGUCUGAGACGACUGAUUGUGUGUAUCACCAUCAUGUUUGCACAGAAGAAGAGAUACGAUCUUCUGGAUCCGAGCAAAGAAAAUUACCGGAGCGAGAAAGAGAUCCCAGACCAACGCUACGCAAACUGCGCACUACAGAUUCUGAACAUUACAUCUCGGUACAUGAUGUAUCUUCCAGUCAUCAAUUUUGUUCCUUACAGCGUGAGUUUCACACUGUCUUCAUUUCUGAGGCUGGAGAUGAGACCCAUCAAGAACGAGGACACCCAGUAUCUGAGCCACGAUCCUUCCAUCAAGUACUGGACUUGGUCCAAGGUGCUGGAAUUUCUGGAAGUGUUGGGACACAAAUUCUGGUAUGCCAGGACUGUGGGGCAGCUGUGUGGUGAUUUCCUUAAUAAACUGGAAGCCGAGACGUCUGUGGUCCAGUUCAAAAACAACGUAGGUAUGGAAAUCAACGGAAGAGUACCCACUCUGGGAAUUGACGAGAAUCUCGCUGCAUUUGCCAGUCAGAACCACUUUGAGUUUCUUGCAACCAGUGCAACCAAAAGCUCCAGCAAUUUGGGAGGAGUUGCUGAAGUUGAUGCUGAUUUCGACUUGCACCCGGUAAAGAUGCAAAAGUUGAAUAAUGGUACUGCCAACACCCAAUCGUACACCACAUUUGAUACUCCCACCAACGGCAGCAACCAGUUUCCAUCCCCACCAGACGACCAACUGUUGCUUCUGUUUAACGAAUUGCCUUCCGUGGAGCAGUUCUUUGGAACCAACCACGAUUUCAGCUUCUUGAACACUGGGGAUAAGGGAGAAGGAUAUGACUACGAUUAUGAUUAUCCGGUCAACUAA